UUCCGAGGCCGGAGCGUCGCGACGCCAGUUCCGCAUAGAGCGUCGCCGACGACGUUCCGAAAUCCGCAACCGAACCGUCUAACACGUGACUUGCGUAUCCCGCAUUUUCCACUAUGGUUUAAUUGUUGUGGAAAAUGGAGAUGGAGUUCGUUCAUUAAUUAUUUAUUGUUGAUUGUCGACUGAAAAGAAAAAGGGGUUGGAAAAUGGAGAAGGUGGAGACAAGGGUUUGCAUAAGUGCAUCGAUGGACAUGAAAACUAGACUGAAACAGUGGUGGGACGGUUUGAGGUUGAAAGUUGCGAUGCAACAUCUUGGACUGCUCAUUUUUCUCAUGUUUUACACCGUAAUGGGCGGACUGGUUUUCCAGCAUCUGGAACGUCCGGAAGAAGUAGCGAGGAGGCAGUACUUCGAAAAGAACGUUUUAAGAAUAAAAUACGACGUUUUGACGGCUUGCACCAAUGGGAGCGAGAUCGAGGAGGUGGACAAGAUCCUUCAGGACUACGAAAGGAUUCUGGAGGACUCGAUUCUGAAGGGAAUUCCCAUUAAUUCUCACGAGGACGAUAAUAACGUUAAAUGGACGACCGUUAAAGCCGUGUUCUUCUCCUCCACAGUAUUAACUACCAUCGGUUUUGGUAACAUAGUUCCUGUGACAACGGAAGGGAGAGUUUUCGUGAUUAUUUUUGCAUUGGUCGGAAUUCCUUUGACCCUUACCGUCAUUGCCGAUUGGGGUAGACUUUUUGCAUCCACAGUUUCUACAAUUUUUCGGCACAUACCCCCUCUUCCUCUUAAAUUCAGGAAUGCGAUGGUGGCUCGCAGGACCUCCUCCUACGCUUUGCUGGCUGUGGGUUUCUUGUUCGUGUAUCUGGCGGCGGGAGCGGCUAUAUUCGUCAUCUGGGAGGAGGACUGGACCUUCUUCGAAGGGUUUUAUUUCUGCUUUAUCACCAUGACCACGAUCGGUUUCGGUGACUUCGUUCCCAAGCAACCAAAGUACAUGCUGAUGUGCACGUUGUACAUUCUGGUCGGUUUGGCAUUGACGUCGACAAUAAUAGAAUUGGUGAGAAGACAGUACGCCCAAUCUUGGCGUCAGCUUCAAGCGUUACGCGGUCCUUUGGCCGAAAACUUUAGGAAAUUCGCCGACAACGCACCCGGCUUGGAUGUGAUGGCUUUCCAGCAGGAUCUGAUGAAAGUUCUUACCGUGGUUACUAUGCCGAAAUUGUCUAAAAAGGAGAAGAAAAUGAAACAAAAAGAAUGGGAGGACGCAAUCGAAGCAGUGAUACGAGAUAUAACAGUAAACCCAUCGGCAGAACCAAAACCACCGCCACCAAUGGUACAAAUCGUCAUUUACGAAAGUUCUGUGUGAAAAUGCUCCUUUUUAAACUUAGCUAAACUGCCUACACUUCGUUUUUACAUUAUACUAUUAUUAUUAAUGUUAUUGCACAGUUUCAAUAAAUCGGUCCUAUAAGUUGACAAUGUUUUAUUUGAUUUUGUCGAUAAGAAUGUUAUAAUUGUGCAAUUUCAACACUAACAAGAAUGUGAUAACAGUUUACAAACAAGUUUUAUGUAAUAGUUAAAGAACUGUGCGAUUAUUAUAAGUUGUUUAUUUGUCGAUAACCUUUUUAUCUACUUUUGUCGUUGAUCAUACAUUUCUUGAGAUCAAUAAAAACACAAAUAAAUCUCAUAAAAAAUAUAAUAUUAUUGUACAUCCUUACUUUGAUUUAUUUAAUGUGAAUGAAGAUGAUGGUGAUGGGUGGCACCGACAGCUUCAUGCUGACACUUCAACAAAGCCCAAGAAGUUUCGACGGGUGUGUCCUUUUCGACCAAACAAGCGUUCAAUUUAGUCAAAUCGUCACCAUUGUAAUGUUCCUCCCAUUUAUUCUUAACCCAGUCCGUGUUCAAUUUACCAUCCUCCGUCAAGAACUUCAAACCUUUGGCCAUACAAAGCAUGUGGACUUUAACUUUUUCGUCGUCGGUGUAUACUCCCUGGUGGACUUUUUUGAGCAGAUCUUCAUCUGCUGAUGUUGCCGGGUCGUCCAUGCAUUUCUUGUGGAUUUCUUUGAAACGGUCCUUCUCGGCUUCUGUCAAAUCUUUCA